UUUCGUACGUGAAAAUGGCGGCUCCGCGUCCGGAGGGCGCCGCGAACGGCCGCGGUUCCGAACCCGGGAGCGAACCGGGCACCGCCCCCGAGCGAGACUCGGACCCGUGGAGCGGAGACGGUCCGGUGGUGAAGAGGGAGCCGGCCGUGAAGCUCCUGAAUCCGGUGAGCGGCUUGGAGCCGCUGGCUUGGUCCGAGGACCACCGGGUGUCGGCCGCGAGCUCGAGCAGCGUGGCUGUGAUGGAGGUGCUGUGCGACCCGCGCAGCGGCGCCCAGGACCUGCUGGUGCAGCGGAGCUCCAUCCCCCUGCCGGAGAGAGCCUGCGUGCUCAAGGUGGGUCCAGUCAAGGAGGUGCAGCAGGUGAAAGACAAGCUGGCCGGCUCCAAGGACCCAGCCGUGAGCCAGGCCUUCAUGCUGGACCGGGUGAUGAACCCCAGCGCGGGAGGCCUCGCGCCUUUGCGCGGUAUGAAAUACGCCUGCUGGUCACCGCUGGGCUGCGACACCAAUGGCCGUUCCCUUCUGGCUUCGCUGACGCUCGACGGCCGCCUCGCCUUGCACGGCAGCCUGCGGCGCCUGCACUGGAGCCCCCUGGUGGACCUGACGGAGAUGUACGGGCAGAUGCUGGAGGAGAAGGGGUACUCGCUGCCGGGCGCUGAGGUGCCGGUGGGGCCGUUGGACGACCCGGCAGAGUUGCGGCGGCGAUACCGCAUGCAGAGCCCCGUUCGCAUGGAGUGGUCUGGCGUCUGCACGACGCAGGAGGUGCAGACCAAUAACGAGUGUAAGGACGUGGGCACGGUGCUCCUGGCUGUGCUGAUGGAGAACGGCGACGUGGUCAUUUGGCACUUCCAGCUGCCCUUCUUGGGCCGGGACUCGGUGGUGUCCUGCAACACCAUGCGAUCGGGCGUGUCGGCUCCCAGCGUUCUGGCCUGGUGGGAGUACGAGCACGGCGGGCGCAAGAUGACCGGCCUGAUCGUGGGCAGCUCUGUGGGCCCCGUCAAGAUCUUGCCCGUCAACCUGAAGGCCAUCAAGGGCUACUUCACGCUGCGGCAGCCCGUGGUGCUGUGGCAGGAGACGGACCAGAUCCCCGUGCACAACAUCAAGUGCAUCUCGCUGUUUCACCCGCACCAGAAGUGCAACUGCAGCCUGGUGGUGGCUGCCCGCGGCCCGUACGUCUUCUGGUGCCUGCUCCUCAUCACGAAGGCUGGCCUCAACGUGCACAAUUCUCACGUCACGGGCCUGCACUCGACACCCAUCAUAUCGAUGGCCACCAACCGAUACGCGGGGUCCAUCUUCACCUGCUCUCUGGACGGCUCUGUAAAGAAGCUCAAACCCAUCUUCACCGAGGCGGCCGUGACCUUCAAGCAGGAGCAGGUCGCCCUGCCGGAGGGCGUAGCUGGCCGCAGGAUGCAUGGAAUCGCCCUGAGCCCCAACGGUGCCUACUUAGCUCUGGUGUCCGCCGAUGGCUUGGUCAACGGUCAGCACCCGGUGAAUCGCAACUACCUGGUCCAGUUUAUCACGCUGAAGAUGCCAGAGGAGGCUGCCGCAGAGCUGCUGUCUUCCACAGUCCAGAACCUCUUCCGUCAGGCGGACCUGCUGGAUCUGGUGCGUUUGAAGGUGCUGCGGGACAAGCGCAUCCCGGCGCAGCUCCACGAGAAGCUCGAUGACAAGCUGCACACCUGCGGCACGCCGUACCCGUGGCGCCUGAAGCUCUUCCUCUACCGCGUGCUCUACCAGUCGCGGCAGAAGGCUUCUGCCGAGACACGGUGGUGGCUAUCGCAUGAGGACACCAAGGUGUUCAUUGUCGACGAGGAGGCCGGGGAGGAAGACAGCGAGGAGCCCCCUGCUGCCGAGGACUCGGCGACGACGGGAACCGCGGCAAAUUCGUGCGAUCCAGAUGGUGGGGCUUUUGAGGAGCAGACGAGCGAGAUCGUCGCCUGGAUUGAGGAGAUGGAGUCGCACCUGGCGAGGGAGCACAUGAAACGGGUGCUGGGGGAGGUGUACCUUCAUACCUGGAUCACGGAGAACACCAGCAUCCCAACACGGGGCGUGUGCGACUUUCUCAGCAGCGACACUACCUACAACGACAGGGCCGCCAAGGUCCUCAUCGGCCACAUCUUUAAGAAGAUGAACAAGCAGACGUUUCCCGAGUACUGCAGCCUGUGCAAAGAGGUGCUGCCCUUCACUGAUCACAAGCAGGCCGUGUGCAGCAAUGGACAUAUAUGGCUCAGGUGUGUGCUGACGUACCAGGCGUGUCAGUCCCUCAAGUACAGACGCUGCCUCCUGCAGGAUAGCAUCGCCAGAUACGCAGUGCCUGAAGAUCCAGACUGGAUAAAGAGGAUACUGCAAGGUCCAUGUACCUUCUGUGACUUUCCGCUCUGCUAGCCACUGCACUGUUUAAGCUGUGCUGUCCGAGGUGAAAGCGUGUGCAGUUCAGAGUCCGGUAGAGGCUGCUGUUAUACUCCAGCUUUCGGUCCCGGGCCAAGAUAUGCGGUGAACUAAAGGGUGACCCUCGUUUUUUAUUUAUUGAAGGUGUCCAAGUUAGAAGUCCGGACCUCCUGUGUUGUGACACUGGGUCACCGUGAAUGUGAUUGAGAAAGGAGAACCCCCUGCAUUUCACGCUGUAGGUCUUGGAUUGCGGUCAGAGGUCACCCAGCUGUGCUCAAUCUCUACAUUUACAAAUGGCGAAAAAAUGGAUGUAUAAAAAAGGAUAUGACUUUUAAGCCUUUUUUUUUUUCUUUCUAUUAGUGCCACCAUGGAGCUUCAUGAGACUUUCAAAAAUAAUUGUGUGUGUGUAUAUGUGUGUGUGUGUGUGUGUGUGUGUGUGUGUGUGUAUCUUAAAUGACUGUCUGGGAUGGUAGACAGUGGAAGAAAGGGGGCAAAAAAGACUUUCAGUCCUUGAGACCCUGCAGUGUAAGAGUGGAGAGAAGAGGGAGAAGAUGACAGAGCUGAACUGCUAUGGGAAGCAAAGCGAGGAGCACUCUCCCAGGGGUCUCGGUUCUUAAUGCGAUUCCUCAGUAAUGAGGGACGGGCCCCUGCUGGUACAUGUGCUUCUUGUUUUAAUGAUGGGGGACUGGGCGACAUUGCUGAGAAGCGCCAUGAACCCUUGUUUCACGAGGAAUGCGAGGCCAAGGGAGACCCUCGUGGCGCUGCUUUCGUGCCUGUUCUCUUGCUGCCCACUGUCAGGGUGGAAGGUUCCUGAAGUCCCUCAGUUGUGUCCUCUGUAUCGCCGCUGGAGCUCCUCUCAGAAAAUGGGGGUUGGGGACUAGGUCUUUACUGGAUUGGCUCGGGGUGAGACAGUGGAGUUCAGAGGAAGUCUGAUAUAGCUGAGGAGGAUCUCUGAGAUAUUUAUUUCCAAAAUAAUAUGGACAUGAGAAGGACACUUGCACCUGAUUACCAUGCUACUUAUCCCCAAAACAUGCAUCUAGUUACAUUAAAUAAUCAUCUAGUUGCCAUAGCUCCCAGUUUUGCUAUUUAAAGCCCCAUUUAGGAGCAAGACGGUGCCAGCUGUUUGAGAGAGGGAAAGAAAUCAGAGACCACAGUUCUGAACUUGUGAGUCUCCGCCACGUGCUGGUCUUUUAUUUUACCUUUUCCCUGGAAUGCAUUCCGGCCCUGUGUUCUUGCAGAUGAAGCCUGUUAUUGAGUUCAACACACCUGAGUCUAAGCAUUGUCAUGUUCGAGGCAUCAGGGAAGUCUCUCAGUAAUUUCAUUACAAAGCUGUUUGAAUGAUUGGUCUCUUACGUCCACAAAAUAGGGUGAGAGGGAUCCUCAGUACCCCGGUGUCUCUGUUGUAUGAUGUACAACCUGGCUUGUUGCCAUCAAUGCUCCCACGGUGAGCAAGGGGUUAGGUAGAGAACACACCCUUGUUUUUGGCCGUUGGCAGGCUGGGGAGGGUGUAUUCAGAGACGUACGGGAGAAUCUCUGGGUCAUCCACACACAACAUGUUCUGUAGCUGCAAUGCAGGAGGUAGGUCGCAUCUCAUUGACCUUCGUCAAUCCAAGUGUGCAACUGCCCGAUAGUGCCAAAGUUCUCUGGAGGUGCAUCAGAGGCUUGUCUGUGGUGGUCAGGUCUUUAUCCUGGUUUUCAGCACCAUUGAGACACUUCCCUAGUUCUUCUCACAAGAUCAUGCUUGGCCCCUGGGUUGUAGGACUCAACAUCAGGCUUUAUGUGCUAGAACAUUGUUAGAAUUUAGAUUGGGAAGAGCUAAGUGAAAAGCAGACAUGCCACAGAGCCUCACCUUCUUAUUCUCUUCUUACUAAAAUGGGGUUUCAGUAAGAGUUGGGAGCUAUGACAACUAGAUGUUUGUUUAGUUUAACUAGAGGCAUGUUUUGAGGACGCAUGGGUAAUGAGCAUGGUGACAGGUGAAGGUGUUAAUAUGUGGUGGUGUCCCCCACUCCAUGUGCCACACUACAGUUAUGUUGUUUUUUGUGAGAAGAAUUGCUAAUAAUUUACAUUAUUGAAAUCAUGGACAGAUUUUUUUUUUUCCACAUGGCAUCUGAGUUUGAGCAAAAUUUUAAAACUAAAAGGCUUUCACUGUGAACCAUUUUUUGAUUUGUUGAAUUAUGGCCAUAAUGAAGUGACUUCCGUUUCUCUUAGUCCUUUUCAUGAGGCCCAGAUAAUUUACAUUUCGGUGAUUUUUCUGCAUUAUUAUUUUCAUUCCAGAUGUUCCCAUACUUGGCUAUUAAACAUUAUUCAUAUUGGAAUUGCUGCUCUCAAGUCACAAUCCAGAUUUUUUUUCCAUUAAAUUUUCUUUAUUUUUUUUUUUUAUGCAAACGUUUCUCUGUGACAGCACAGGCCAUUCACCUUUUUAAGUUGGCUAGUUCAGGAAUGGGUGCGAUUCUGUCACUCUUCACCCACAUAGUGAGAAAGGCUGCAGUUCAAAGGUUAAUUUAUUCAUUAGUCAUCUGACUUGUCAUAUGAGGAAUCACCCUGUAAAUUGUGAAUGUUCUCUGAUUUAGACAUGUCAGUUUGUCACAGUGGUCCUCUCAAAUCUUUCAGCAUGUAUGAUAAACAGUUGGUGUAAUAUUAAAUCACUUCUCCCAUAAAACUCCUCACCAAAAAUGUUUGCUUAUAAUUUACCUUUCCCUUAGCUUAUAUUUACAUGUAUAAUUUAGCAUAUAGGGAUGUUUAUAUUUAUUGCACUUAUAGGUGGUUGAUUUUAACUUUACAGGAAUGAGCCACUAAGAUGAAAAAAUUAACUUUUUUUUAAAAAAAAAUUUUAAGCACUGCUUGUUUUUUGGUUGUAUAAGUUGCUCCAGCUCUUUGUUGGGCAUUGUAAUCGAUCAAAAAGUGUUUUCACACAUUAUACAUUUUAAGACUGUGUAAAAGCAGUUUACACUUUAUAUAGGGGUAUUUGUUUCUCAAGCGUGUCUCCUUCUGGAACUGCUGGUGUUGGUUGGGAUCCUACUCACUGCUCACAUGGUGGCUUCAUAAAAUGCUGUGUACUCUGGUAAGACCUUCACCUCCUCCUCUCAGUGCUGUUCUGGACUGUGACCUGAAUGAGUCUCAUCCCUGCAAUAUUAGAGCCUUCUAAUCGCACAGUCCAUCUCACAUGUAACCAAGAUGACUUUUGGCAUACUUUUGCUUUAUUACUUUUUUGUUCUGUAAAUAAACUGUUUUGAAGAAACUAAUUUUGGGUCCGU